AUGACAUGGGCCGAGUUUGUUAGUCGUUUUGAUAUGGAGUUUGCACCAUCUAUUGAGGUGCAACGGCUAGCGAGGGAGUUCCAGGAACUCCAACAGACUACCGAGAUUGUGGUGCAGAUGACCGCCAACUUUCGGGAACGAGCACUGAUGACCCCUCAGUAUGCUAUGGAUGAGGAUAUGAGGAUGACGAGAUACCAUUCCAUGCUGAAGGAUGAUAUCUGUGAUUAUGUGAGCUUUAUAGGGUGUAAAACCCUGAAUGAGAUGUUUGAGAAGGCCUAUGAGCGGGAAAUUGAGUUGGAGCUUUGCACCAAGCGAAAUCCAGAGCAGGUUCAGGAAGCUGCAAGUCAGGCUAAAAAGUCUAUGACCUUGGAUUCUUCUGGUAGGGGCCAGCAGGGCCGUGGCCGAUGUGCCAAGUGCGGUAAUCCGUACAGUGGAACCUGCCGAGUAGCAUGCUCGGGAUAUUAUGCAUGUGGCGAGUCGGGCCACUUGAGUAGGGACUGCCCCAAGAAGGGCUUGAUUUGGUUUCUCUGUAACGGGACUGGCCAUAAAAAGGCCGAUUGUCAGAGGUUGCGAGGAGGUGGACAAGCGGUGGCGGCACCUGCGCCCGCCACAAUGAGGAUCACUAAUGGCCGCCCUGCUAAGGUGGAUACUCUUGCAGUGAAGAGUCGUGCAUUCCAGUUGACUACCGAGGAGGCUCGGGCAUCGCUAGACAUUGUGGCUAGGACAUUUUUGGUUAAUGGUAUGUCGGAUCAUGUUCUUUUUGAUUCAGGAGCUACCCGAUCGUUCGUAUCUCUUGCGCUUAGCAAGAAGUUCCGGGACGCUCCGGGAAUGCUGGAUUCCCCGCUUGAGGUUGACAUUGCUGACGACCACACUGUGGGUGUUGCGAGGGUAUAUUGGGAUCAUGUCCUGAAUGUGUUUUGGGAGAGGUUUCGGGUUGAUCUGGUACAAAUAUUUGUGAGUGUUGAAGGGAAGGCCAACGUGGUGGCCAAUGCUUUGAGCCAAAAGACGGUGGGUUCUCCGAUCGGGAAUGUUUGUUUGAGGAUGAUGGUGGUCUCUUCACUGUUACAUAUGAUUAAGAAGGCUCAGGUGGAGCGUCUGAAGAAAGACAAUUGGAAGAUAUAG